AUGUUUGUGCUAGUGCUAGUUGUGCUACUUGGCAUUGUGUAUGUAUCUUGCUGGUGGAAACGUUACCCUCGUUCACCACCAAUAUACCCUGGACAGUUGCCGAUCAUAGGACAUGGGCAUCUGUUGCUCAAAUACCGCAAUGGGCUUAUUUGGAAGAAACACCAUAAGCUAUUGUAUCCAGCGUUCAGUCAGCAAGUAUUGAACACAUAUCUAAACGAAAUGAAUGCACAAGCUCAACGACUUGUCUCACAAUUAGCUACAGUGUCACCAAAGGGACCAGUUGAUAUCGCAGAUUAUUUGAUUGAAUAUAUUCUAAGAUUAGUUUGUCGUACAUCAUUAGGAAUGGAAGCAACAGAUCAAGAUAUGAUUGAAAAUGACUAUGCGAAGGCGGUCGAAGAAAUGGCAAAUAUUGUAGUUCGUCGCGCUUUGAACUUAGGUUUACAUCCUUCCUUUAUUUUCAACUUGACCUCAAUGAGUAAGAGACAAGAAAAACUAUCUAUACACAACAAGGAAGCCAUGGAUCCUAUAAUUCAAAAAAGGAAAUCUGACUUAACAGCAACCAAAUAUACGAAUAAUGAUGAUGUUUCAGUACCAGGUAAAUUCAAGCCUGCGCUAGACCUGAUGCUGCAUUUAUCUAAUGAACAAUACCUUCUCUCUGAUGAAGAAAUCAGGGCGCAUCUAAAUACUUUCGUGGCAGCUUCUUACGACACAACUUCAGUAGCGAUGCAAACUGUACUGUUGGUGCUAGGCUCAUUCCCUGCUAUACAGGAUCGAGUGUAUAAUGAGAUUCAAGAUGUUUUUGGAAAGAAUGAAAUCUUGACGAAACACGACCUGACAAAACUCGUAUACUUGGAAGCAGUAAUAAAGGAGGUAUUGAGAACAUAUAAUGUAGUUCCUUUGAUUGCGAGAAAUAUUGAUAAUGAUAUUGUGCUACCGAAGUAUACAUUACGAGCGGGAAGUAUAUGUAUCCUGUCACUGUACGGCCUUCACCGUCACUCCUCAUGGGGACCAGACGCAAAGGAGUUCAACCCGGAGCGAUGGCUGAAUCCCGCCACUUUACCUUCUACUUCCAACGUAUUCGCCCCAUUCGGUAUUGGCAAGCGAAUAUGCAUUGGGAAACAGUACGCCAUGAUGUCCCUGAAGACAUCGCUUGCACAUAUUGUACGAAAGUUCCAAGUUUCUGGUGAUAUCAGUACCUUGAAGCAUAAUUAUGAAAUCGUAUUGAAACCAGAAAAACCCCUCAUUAAUUUAACAUUAAGGUCUUAA